AGGACUGGUUUUUCAGGGGGUGAGAAACGGCGAGAAGUAAACAAACCUGCGAUGAGCCCCUUGAAUUCAACCUCCUUUAUUAACGCGACUAUUGUGCGUCCUGAUUUCUUUGUCAUAAGUGGUUUUGAGGGUAUUCCACACGCGAACUACUACUAUGUGUUCUUAUGCUUCGUUUAUGCUGUAAGUGUACUGGGAAAUGCUUUUGUCAUGUUUGUGAUUUACACAGACCACAGUCUUCACACUCCAAAAUACAUUGUCGUUUUUAAUUUGGCUUUGACUGACCUGUGUGGAAGCACUGCAGUUGUUCCUCAGAUGAUUGACACCUUGCUGUUUAAAUCACAUUUAAUCUCCUACGAGGCCUGCUUGACUAAUAUGUUUUUUGUUUUUGGGUGUCUCAAUAUGCAGUCUUUCACCCUCAUGUUUCUGUCUUAUGAUAGAUUUGUAGCUAUAUGCCAUCCGCUUAGGUACCAUGAGAUUGUGACUAAUAAAUCAAUGUUGGUGAUCACAAUCAUAUUAUGGAUUAUUGCAGGACUGGUUAUUCUCGUAGCUGUGCUUUUUAUAAACAGAUUGUCAUUCUGCAAAUCCAUUGUGGUAAACAGCUUUUUCUGUGAUCACGGAGCCCUGACACUAUUGGCAUGCGAUGACAACCCUCCAAGUGCUGUGAUAAACGUGCUAGAUUCGAUUAUAAUUCUCUGGUUUCCGGCACUAUUUAUCACAUGUACAUACAUCUGUAUAGCCAGAGCGUUAUUUAAAAUUGCAGAUGCUUCUGAGCGCGUCAAAGCCAUGAAGACCUGCACCUCUCAUUUGAUCUUGGUGAGUGUGUUUUAUUUUCCUAUAUGCAUCACCUAUGCAAUGGGCUCAGCCAUACCACUGAACGCCUGGAUAGUUAACAUGUCUCUGACUACUGUCUUGCCACCAAUGCUGAAUCCAAUCAUUUACUCUCUGAAGACAGAGGAAUUCACAGAAUCCAUUAAAAAGCUAUACAGAAGAAACAAGAUAAACUUUGCUGUAAGGAAUAAAUGAAUAAAUGUUUUAAUCACAAAUGACUGACUAGCAAUUUUGACUGUUCAU